AUGCCGUUGGAAAAGAAGGGUUUCAUUGGAAGAAAGAGAGAAGGCGAUGUUAACAAUCUGGAAGGUGGGUAUAAGGGCAAGAGAGUAGAUUUCCAUAAUCCUCAAGUACCUACCUCUCAAUUCUCACGCAUAAACUUUAACCAGCCUUUUUCCCCUAAUAGAACAAAUAACCAAUCGAACUACCAAAAUCACUACCAAAGACCCCAUACAAAAUACACUUCGGAACAACUGCCACCCUUACCCAUGCCUUUGAAGGACAUGUACACCAAACUGUUGAGCAUCGGACAAAUAACUCCUAUCCCUACACUACCACUACAACCACCAUUCCCAAUUUGGUACAAGCCCGAGUUGGCUUGCGAGUACCAUGGGGGUAAUCCCGGGCAUGGGAUUGAAACCUGUUACGCCUUCAAGAAGAGGUUGUUGGAGCUUAUUAAGAUGGGAUGGGUAUCCUUUGAGGACAAGCCCAAUGUUAAUUCAAACCCAUUGCCUAAGCAUGCCCCAAAUAGUAGUGGAAUAGGCAUGAUCGAAGUGGGAAAUCAAUGCAAGGUGUUGAAGGUGUCCAUGAAGAGGUUGUACGACAUGUUGGUACAAUCAGGAUUUCUAAAGACAAAGGUGGAGAGCCAUUUGGAGGGAUAUGAUUACUGUGAAUACCAUGGAAGAGAUGGACAUCAUAUUGAGGAUUGCAUCGAGUUUUGCGAAAAGAUUGCAAGAAUGCUAAAAAUGGAGGAGUUGAGGAUUGAACCCAUAAAGAGCAGCGGUGAGGUGAGUAUGAUGGAAGGUCAAGAUGAAAUGACAGGAGUAUGCAGGGUCCAGCAAACAGCUUAUGGGCCCCCAAGGCUAAUCUUGGUUAAACCGCCCUACACAAUAGGGAAUCACAAUGCCAUGCCUUAUAAUUAUGGUUAUGCCUCUAACGUUCGAGCUCCUCUUCCUUUGUUCCAGCCUGAGAUAAGUGGUUUGACCAGGAGUGGUCGUUGCUUUACGCCCGAGGAGUUGAGGAAGUCAAAGGGCAAAGAAGUGGUAGAUCUGGACAAAGCACUAGAAGUUAAUAAGCCAGUAACGGAAGAGGAAUCGAAUGAAUUCUUGAAGUUGAUCAAGCAUAGCGAAUAUUGCAUAAAGGUAUUGAAUGAGGCAUAUGUACCCCAAGACAUCGAACAUAAAACCAUGGAGCACCUAGUGGGGAGAAUCCAUGCAACGAAUUACCUGUACUUCACAGCUGACGAGCUCGAUGCUGAAGGUACCGGACAUAACAAGCCUUUAUACAUUACGGUUAGGUGCAAGGAUUGCCUCAUAGGAAAAGUACUCAUUGAUAAUGGCUCGGCCCUUAACGUGUUGCCAAAACACAUGCUAGAAGAAAUGCCGAUCGAUGAAUCCCAUAUUAAGCCAAGUACUAUGAUGGCCAGAGCGUAUGACGGGUCGCCUAGGCCAAUAAUUGGGACUUUAGAAGUGGAGCUAUAUGUGGGACCACAAAUGUUCCUAGUAACACUUCAGGCCGAGGAGACAGUAUCCAUGACAAAGAAUGUAGUUGUGCCUUUUAUCGAAGCGGGUGAUUGCAAGGGUAACAAUAUCCAUGCCUUUGAGAUUGUGAACACCGACUGGGUGCCGGAGAACACAGUGCUAAGAAGGCCAAGGAUCUCAGAAGCAGCAAGGAUGGCAAGUCUAUGCUUCUUGAACCGCGGAAUCCCAUUUCAGUAUAACCUUAUUAUCGGGAUACCAGAAGGGGUUAAUCUGGCAAAGAUGAAAAGUGCUGCUCAAAGAUUUGGGCUAGGGUACCAACCUAACCAAGAGGAUUAUCGGUGGGCUGCUGGUCGGAGAAGGGCAAGAAGGAUGGCUAGAAUUAAAGGAAGAGAGCCUGAUGAAGAAAAGCUGGAAAUCCCUCCCCUUAGCGUGUCAUUCCCAAAAGCUGCAUACAUAAUGCAACAUGAUAAAGAAGCCGAAAGCCUUGAUCAAGAGCUGUCAAACAUGAGCAUAAAUACCUUGGGGGAAAACAAGGUGGAAGGAGAUGACAUGAAGACAAUAGCAAGAAAGGGAGAUGAAGCACUCCCACAACUGACGGUCUACACCAUAGAAGAAGUAUCCGCCAAGACCUUUGUGGAUUUUCGGAAUUUGAAUAAAGCUAGCCCCAAGGAUGAUUUUCCGCUACCACACAUAGAUGUUUUAGUAGACAACGCUGCCCGGAGUUCCACAUAUUCCUUUAUGGAUGGUUUUUCAGGAUACAACCAGAUAAAAAUGGCUCCGGAGGAUAAGACGAAAACAACUUUUGUCACACCUUGGGGAACGUUCUGCUAUAAGGUCAUGCCAUUUGGAUUGAAGAAUGCAGGAGCAACCUAUCAAAGAGCAAUGGUGACUUUGUUCCACGACAUGAUGCACAAGGAAAUUGAGGUGUAUGUAGACGACAUGAUUGCCAAGUCUAAAAGGGAAGAGGAUCAUGUUGAAGUUUUGAGGAAGUUAUUUGAGAGACUGAGGAAGUAUGAAUUAAGGCUCAAUCCUAUAAAAUGUUCAUUCGGAGUUAAAUCGGGUAAGCUGUUAGGAUUUGUGGUAAGUGAUAGAGGUAUAGAGGUGGAUCCAGAUAAAGUGAAGGCCAUCCAAGCUAUGUCAUCCCCUAAGACGGAGAAAGAAGUAAGAGGAUUCUUGGGAAGGUUAAACUACAUUGCUCGGUUCAUAGCUCAGUUAACAACGAUGUGUGAACCUAUAUUCCGACUACUAAGGAAAAAGAAUCCUGGAACCUGGAAUGAGGAGUGUGAGGAGGCAUUCAAUAAAAUCAAGCAUUAUUUACAAAAUCCACCUUUACUGGUUCCUCCAGUAGCAGGAAAACCUCUAGUAUUAUAUCUAACAGUAACUGAAGCAGCCAUGGGAUGUGUAUUGGGUCAACAUGAUGAAACCGGAAGGAAGGAAAGAGCUAUUUAUUACUUAAGUAAGAAAUUCACUGAAUGUGAGUCUAGAUACACGGAGAUAGAAAGGCUUUGUUGUGCGUUGGUGUGGGCGGCAAAGAGGUUGCGACAUUAUAUGUUAUACUAUACCACUUGGUUAAUUUCAAAAGUGGAUCCUCUGAGGUAUAUCUGUAACAAGCCCUUUCUCUCAAGUCGAAUUGCAAGGUGGCAAGUUCUAUUAGCAGAAUAUGACAUAGUAUACAUGACAAGGAAAGCUGUAAAAGGAAGUGCAAUCGCGGACCAUCUGGUCGAUAAUGCUGUUGAAGAUUACGAACCUUUGGAUUUUGACUUCCCCGAUGAAGAUAUAUUGUCAAUAGAGAAAGAAGAAGAGAAGACAGAUUGGUGGACGAUGUUUUUUGACGGUGCAGUGAAUGUAUAUGGUAACGGGGCCGGUGCGGUAAUAAUCUCUCCUGAUAAGAAACAAUAUCCAGUUUCGGUUAAACUACAUUUCGAGUGCACCAACAAUACAGCUGAGUAUGAAGCUUGUAUCCUCGGUUUAGAAGCGGCAUUAGAAUUGAAGAUAAAGAAGUUAGAUGUAUAUGGAGAUUCAAUGUUGAUUAUCUGUCAGGUUAAAGGGGAAUGGCAGACCAAGGAGGAAAAGUUGAGGCCGUACCAGGAAUACCUAUCCACGCUAGCAAAGGAAUUUGAAGAAAUUAGAUUCACCCAUCUGGGAAGGGAGGGGAACCAUUUUGCGGAUGCUUUGGCCACGCUAGCUGCUAUGACUACCAUUGAUCUCAAGUGCAAGGUACAACCGGUACACAUUGACAUUAGAAAUGACCCAGCUUAUUGUUGCUUAGUUGAAGGAGAGAUAGACGGACAUCCUUGGUAUUAUGAUAUCAAGAACCUUGUGCAAAAUCACGAAUAUCCGGUGGGAGCUUCCAAAACGGAUAAGAAAACUUUGAGAAGGUUGGCUAUAGACUUCUAUUUAGAUGGAGAGAUUUUGUACAAAAGAUCAUUUGAUGGGACCCUACUAAGGUGUUUGAAUGAGGCAGAUGCUAGAAAGGCAUUACGGGAGGUCCAUGAGGGGAUUUGCUCAACCCAUGCUAGCGGGCAUAUGAUAGCGAGGAAAAUCCAAAGGGCUGGUUAUUUUUGGAUGACACUAGAGAAAGACUGCAUCGAUUAUGUCAGGAAAUGUCAUAAAUGUCAAGUUUACAGUGACAAGGUCAAUAUGCCACCAGCUCCUCUAUUUAAUCUAAUAUCCCCUUGGCCAUUUACAAUGUGGGGAAUUGACGUGAUCGGGCCUGUUAACCCAAAAGCUAGCAAUGGUCAUAGAUUCAUCCUCGUAGCUAUUGACUACUUCACAAAAUGGGUAGAAGCUAGUUCAUAUGCCCACGUAACACAGAACGUAGUGAAGAGGUUUAUAGAAAAGGACUUGAUUUGUCGAUAUGGUCCUCCUGAAAGGAUAGUGACAGAUAAUGCACAGAAUUUCAAUGGCAAAAUGAUAGCGGAGCUGUGUACUAAAUGGAAAAUCAAGCAUUCGAAGUCUUCACCAUACCGACCAAAGAUGAAUGGCGCAGUAGAAGCCGCCAACAAGAACAUCAAGAAGAUUAUUCAGAAAAUGGUAGUCACAUAUAGAGAUUGGCAUGAGAUGUUGUCAUUCGCACUUCACGCAUACCGCACUACAGUCAGGACCUCGACAGGGACUACCCCAUAUUCUUUGGUAUACGGUAUGGAGGCAGUAAUGCCGUUGGAAGUGGAAAUCCCAUCGUUAAGAGUAUUAAUGGAUUCCGAACUAGAAGAGGCUGAGUGGGCCAAAGUGAGAUAUGAGCAACUGAACUUGAUCAGCGAAAAGAGGAUAGCUGCAAUAUGUCAUCACCAACUUUACCAGAAACGAAUGGCCAAGGCAUAUGAUAAGAAGGUUAGACCGCGGUUGUUUCAAGAAGGGGAUCUAGUAUUGAAGAAAAUAUUGUCGUUACCUGGAGACGAUCAAAGCAAAUGGGCACCGAAUUACGAGGGUCCUUACAUAGUAAAGAAGACAUUCUCAGGAGGAGCGCUGAAGUUGGCUAGAAUGGAUGGAGAAGACCUAGCUCGACCUGUGAAUUCUGACUCUGUAAAAAGA